CUCGGGCCAUAGGUGGCACUGAGGGACGAUGUGGUUUGCGUUGUCCCCGAGAAAACGUCACUGCGGAAGAGAAAGCCGGAGAGGAGAAGCUGGGAGUGUGUCGGAGCAGCGGCCAGGCAGGGAGCAGCAGACAUGUGGCGGGAGAGCCUUUCAAACGCAUGGGAGAGCAUCGUGUCCCGGAUCAGGCCUUUCGACUAUUCUCAGAGGAAUGCAGUCCUGGUCCCUGUGGCCGCCCUGGGGGUUGGAGGGAUGCUGCUCUGCUGGCUCAGAUCUGGACGCAAGAUGAAGACCAUUGACAUGGGCGAUGGGUGGUGGGGCGCAGGAGAAAGGCCCCCCAAAGGGAAAGAAGACACAAGCAUCCGUCCCUUCAAGAUUGAAACAUCUGACCAAGAAAUCGAGGACCUGCACCAGCGCCUGGAUCGGUUCCGCUUCACACCGCACGUGGAAGGAGCCGCCUUCCACUACGGCUUCAACUCCAGCUACCUGCGGAAGGUGGUGGACUACUGGAGGAAUCAGUUUGACUGGCGCAAGCAAGUGGAAGUGCUGAACAAAUACCCCCACUUCCACACCACCAUUGAAGGGAUUGAUAUCCAUUUUAUCCAUGUGAAGCCAUCCUAUGUUCCUCAUGGUCAAGCUGUUCGACCUCUGCUGAUGGUCCAUGGCUGGCCUGGCUCCUUCUAUGAGUUCUACAAGAUCAUCCCUCUGCUCACGGAGCCAGCCAAGCACGGCCUGAAUGAGGGUGAUGUGGUGUUUGAGGUCAUCUGCCCCUCCAUCCCAGGAUAUGCUUUCUCAGAGGCCUCUCACCAGAAAGGGUUUGACUCCAUAGCAACUGCCCGGAUAUUCCAUAAGCUGAUGAACAGAUUGGGCUUCAAGGAAUACUACCUACAGGGAGGGGACUGGGGAUCUCGCAUUACCACUAACAUGGCCCAGAUGCUGCCACAAUCUGUGAAAGGGCUUCAUCUGAAUCUUGUUUUCAUCAUGACACAAGGCUUGGGAAAGAUGAUUAGUACAAUGCUUGGGGCUUAUGUACCAUGGCUUGUAGGCUUCAGCAGGGAAGAUGUUCGACGUUUCUAUCCUUUCAUGGAGAAAAACAUUUAUGAAGUCCUACGAGAGUCUGGAUACUUACACAUCCAAGCCACCAAACCAGACACUGCAGGUUGUGGACUGAAUGACUCCCCAGUGGGGCUUGCUGCAUAUAUUAUGGAGAAAUUCUCAACCUGGACAGACAAAUCUUUUCGGACUAAAGAUGAUGGAGGCUUGGAAAGCAAAUACUCUCUUGAUGAGCUUUUGACCAAUGUGAUGAUUUAUUGGGUGACAUCCUCCAUUGUGUCCUCAAUGCGAUACUACAAGGAAAACUUUUCCAAGGACCCAAGAAUUCAUGACAGGGUUAGUGUACACGUUCCCACAGGGAUUGCAGCCUUUCCUCAGGAGAUUGUACACGUACCACGUGUCUGGACAAAGAAGGUCUACAAGAACGUCGUCACUUACACUUACAUGCCACGUGGAGGGCAUUUCGCUGCCUUUGAGGAACCAAAGCUCCUGGCACAAGACAUCAUGCAGUUUGUCCGAAAAGUGGAACAGCUGUGAGCCUGCAGUUGAAAUAUGUGCACAGAAUGGAAACAAGGGGCUCUACCAGUGACAGAACCUUUAGACUGGGUUUGUUUAAUCUCUCAAAAUAAUCUCAUAUAGAAGCCAGCAUUUUAUUUUGAUAAUAAUUACAGUCUUGAUUUUUAAAAUUCAAUUAGUAAUGUUUUCAUAAGGAAAAAAAAAAACAAACAAAACAUCCAAAACGCA